GUCAGUGAAGGGACACGGCCGGUGGUUACCGGGAGCUGCGGACACGGAGACAGGGAGCCCAGGAGCCGCCGGUGAUUCCUUGUCACACCUCCACGUCAUAAUGUCUCAGCGAUUGGGACAAGAAGACCCCGAGCGAUACCUUUUUGUGGAUCGUGAUGUGGUUUACAAUCCAGCCACGCAGGCCGACUGGACGGCCAAGAAGCUGGUGUGGGUCCCGUCGGAGAGGCACGGGUUUGAAGCGGCCAGCAUAAAGGAGGAGAGAGGGGACGAGGUUGUGGUGGAACUAGCUGAGAAUGGCAAGAAAGCCAUGGUGAACAAAGAUGACAUCCAGAAGAUGAACCCACCCAAGUUCUCCAAAGUCGAGGACAUGGCAGAGCUGACCUGCCUGAACGAGGCCUCUGUGCUCCACAACCUAAAGGACCGAUACUACUCGGGGCUCAUCUACACAUACUCUGGGCUGUUCUGCGUUGUCAUCAACCCCUACAAGAACCUCCCCAUCUAUUCGGAGAACAUCAUCGAGAUGUACCGCGGAAAGAAGCGCCACGAAAUGCCGCCGCACAUCUACGCCAUAUCGGAAUCCGCGUACCGCUGCAUGCUGCAAGAUCGUGAGGACCAAUCCAUUCUUUGCACAGGUGAAUCGGGAGCAGGCAAGACCGAAAACACCAAGAAAGUCAUUCAGUAUUUGGCUCACGUGGCUUCUUCUCACAAAGGAAAAAAGGACCACACCAUUCCUACGGAAUCUCCUAAGAUUGUCAAACAUCAGAGUGGAUCCUUGUUGUAUGGAGAGCUGGAAAGACAGCUGCUCCAAGCCAACCCCAUCCUGGAGUCUUUUGGAAAUGCCAAGACUGUGAAGAACGACAAUUCUUCUCGUUUCGGGAAAUUCAUCAGAAUUAACUUUGACGUAACUGGUUACAUAGUAGGGGCCAACAUAGAGACCUAUCUCCUUGAAAAGUCCCGGGCAAUACGACAAGCCAAGGAUGAGAGGACCUUUCAUAUCUUUUACCAGCUGUUAGCUGGAGCAGGGGAACAUCUGAAAUGCGCAGAGCAAGCCAGUGAACUGGCCGAUCUGCUGCUGGAAGGCUUCAGCAACUACAAGUUCAUAUCCAACGGAUAUGUCCCCAUUCCGGGGCAACAGGACAAGGAUAACUUCCAAGAGACCAUGGAGGCCAUGCAUAUCAUGGGUUUCUCUCACGAGGAGAUAUUGUCCAUGCUCAAGGUGGUCUCUUCGGUCCUGCAGUUCGGGAACAUUGUUUUCAAAAAAGAGAGGAACACCGACCAAGCGUCUAUGCCAGAAAACACAACCGCACAGAAGCUCUGCCACCUGCUGGGUCUGAACGUCAUGGAGUUUACCCGAGCCAUCCUCACCCCACGCAUCAAGGUUGGCAGGGAUUACGUGCAGAAGGCGCAGACAAAGGAACAGGCAGACUUUGCGGUGGAAGCUCUGGCUAAAGCCACGUACGAAAGACUCUUCCGCUGGCUGGUCCAUCGGAUUAAUAAGGCGCUGGACAGAACGAAACGCCAAGGAGCUUCCUUUAUCGGCAUCCUGGACAUCGCUGGCUUUGAGAUUUUCGAGCUGAACUCAUUCGAGCAGCUCUGCAUCAACUACACAAACGAGAAGCUCCAGCAGCUCUUCAACCACACCAUGUUCAUCCUGGAGCAGGAGGAGUACCAGCGGGAGGGAAUCGAGUGGAACUUCAUCGACUUUGGCUUGGACCUUCAGCCCUGCAUCGACCUCAUCGAGAGGCCGGCCAAUCCACCCGGGGUCCUGGCGCUGCUGGACGAAGAGUGCUGGUUUCCCAAAGCCACGGACAAAACCUUUGUGGAUAAACUGGUGCAGGAGCAGGGUACCCACUCCAAAUUUCAGAAGCCAAGGCAGCUGAAAGACAAGGCCGAUUUCUGCAUCAUCCAUUAUGCCGGCAGGGUGGAUUACAAAGCUGACGAAUGGCUCAUGAAGAAUAUGGAUCCUCUGAAUGACAACGUUGCCACCCUCCUUCACCAGUCAUCCGACAAGUUUGUUGCGGAGCUCUGGAAAGAUGUCGAUCGCAUUGUGGGUUUGGAUCAGGUGGCAGGUAUGGCAGAGACGGCUUUCGGCUCCUCAUACAAGACCAAGAAGGGCAUGUUCCGCACCGUGGGGCAGCUUUACAAAGAGUCUCUCACCAAACUGAUGGCCACUUUGCGCAACACCAACCCGAAUUUCGUGCGCUGCAUCAUCCCGAACCACGAGAAGAGGGCUGGAAAGCUGGACCCUCACUUGGUGUUAGACCAGCUGAGGUGUAACGGUGUCUUGGAAGGUAUCCGGAUCUGCCGGCAGGGCUUCCCCAACCGCAUUGUCUUUCAAGAGUUCCGGCAGAGGUAUGAGAUUCUCACCCCCAAUGCUAUUCCUAAAGGUUUUAUGGAUGGGAAACAGGCCUGCGAACGCAUGAUCAGAGCUCUGGAGCUUGAUCCUAAUUUGUACCGGAUCGGCCAGAGUAAGAUAUUCUUCCGUGCCGGUGUUCUGGCGCAUCUGGAGGAAGAGCGGGAUCUGAAGAUAACAGACGUCAUCAUCUUCUUCCAAGCCAUCUGCAGAGGUUACCUGGCGAGAAAGGCUUUUGCAAAGAAACAGCAGCAGCUGAGUGCCCUUAAAGUCCUGCAAAGGAACUGCGCUGCCUACCUAAAACUGCGCCACUGGCAGUGGUGGCGUCUCUUCACCAAGGUAAAGCCUCUCCUCCAAGUGACCCGACAGGAAGAAGAACUGCUGGCCAAAGACGAGGAGCUGCUGAAGGUGAAGGAGAAGCAGUCCAAGGUGGAGGGAGAACUUGUGGAGAUGGAGAGAAAACACCAGCAACUGGUGGAGGAAAAGAAUAUUCUUGCCGAGCAGCUGCAAGCGGAGACGGAGCUGUUUGCUGAGGCCGAGGAAAUGAGAGCCCGACUAGCUGGUAAAAAGCAAGAGCUGGAGGAGAUCCUCAGAGACCUGGAGAUACGAAUGGAGGAGGAAGAGGAGAGGAACCAAGUCUUGCAGAAUGAAAAGAAAAAGAUGCAGACCCACAUCCAGGAUUUGGAGGAACAACUAGAUGAGGAGGAGGCUGCCCGGCAGAAGCUGCAGUUGGAGAAGGUGACAGCAGAAGCUAAAAUAAAGAAGAUGGAAGAAGACAUUCUUCUGCUGGAGGACCAGAACUCAAAGUUCCUUAAGGAGAAGAAACUGACGGAGGAACGCAUCGCGGAGUGCACUUCCCAGCUGGCCGAGGAGGAGGAGAAAGCUAAGAACCUGGCUAAACUGAAAAACAAGCAGGAGGUGAUGAUUGCUGAUCUGGAAGAGAGACUUAAAAAAGAAGAGAAGACUCGUCAGGAGCUGGAGAAGGCCAAGAGGAAGCUGGACGGGGAGACCACAGAUCUCAGUGACCAAAUAGCAGAGCUGCAGGCGCAGAUUGAGGAGCUGAAGCUGCAGCUAGCCAAAAAAGAAGAGGAACUGCAGGCCGCACUAGCCAGAGGAGAUGACGAGGUCGUACAGAAGAAUAAUGUUCUAAAGAUAGUGCGGGAGUUGCAGGCUCAGAUUGCUGAGCUUCAGGAAGACCUGGAGUCCGAAAAGGCAUCACGGAACAAAGCAGAAAAACAGAAGAGGGACCUCAGCGAGGAACUCGAGGCACUAAAGACUGAGCUGGAGGAUACGCUGGACACCACUGCAGCCCAGCAGGAACUGAGGACCAAGAGGGAACAGGAAGUGGCUGAACUGAAGAAAAACAUUGAAGAAGAAACCAAGAACCAUGAAGCACAAAUUCAGGAGAUGAGGCAGCGGCAGGCAACAGCCCUAGAGGAGCUGUCCGAGCAGCUGGAGCAAGCCAAGCGGUUUAAAGUAAACCUGGAAAAGAACAAGCAGAGCUUGGAAUCCGACAACAAGGAGCUGUCUGUGGAGGUGAAAGGUCUGCAGCAGCAAAAGGCUGAAUCGGAGUACAAGAGGAAGAAGCUGGAGGGACAGGUGCAGGAGCUCCACACCAAAGUGUCAGAGGGAGAACGACUACGAGCAGAAAUGCUGGAGAAGAGCAGCAAACUGCAGAAUGAGCUUGACAACGUCUCCGGUCUUCUGGAAGAAGCUGAGAAAAAAGGGAUCAAACUGGUCAAAGAUGUAGCCAGCUUGGAAUCACAGCUGCAAGACACCCAGGAGCUGCUCCAGGAAGAGACGCGACAGAAGCUCAACCUGAGCAGUCGAAUCCGUCAGCUUGAGGAAGAGAAGAACAACCUACAGGAGCAGCAGGAGGAAGAGGAGGAAGCCAGGAAAGGCCUGGAGAAGCAGAUCCUCACCCUCCAGGCACAGCUGGCAGAGGCCAAGAAGAAGGUGGACGAUGACGUAGGAACCAUUGAAAACCUAGAGGAAGUCAAAAAGAAGCUGCUGAAAGACAUGGAAGGCAUGGCCCAAAGGCUUGAGGAGAAGGGUCUGGCCCACGAGAAGCUGGAGAAGACCAAAAACAGGCUACAGCAGGAGCUGGAUGACUUGAUAGUAGAUCUGGAUCAUCAGAGGCAGAUUGUGUCCAACCUUGAGAAGAAGCAGAAAAAGUUUGAUCAACUUUUGGCCGAAGAGAAGAAUAUUUCUGCUCGUUAUGCUGAAGAACGUGACCGAGCUGAAGCGGAUGCUCGGGAGAAGGAGACUAAAGCCUUGUCGUUGGCUCGGGCCUUGGAUGAAGCUCUUGAAUCCAGGGAUGAGUUUGAGAGGCUGAACAAGCAGCUUCGAACUGAGAUGGAGGAUCUAAUGAGCUCCAAGGAUGAUGUUGGAAAGAGUGUGCACGAGCUGGAAAAGUCAAAGCGAGCGCUGGAGCAGCAGGUGGAGGAGAUGAGGACACAGCUGGAAGAGCUAGAGGAUGAGCUACAAGGCACAGAGGACGCCAAGUUGCGCCUGGAAGUUAAUAUGCAGGCCAUGAAGGCGCAGUUUGACCGCGACCUACAGGCGCGCGACGAGCAGAACGAAGAGAAGAAACGUCUGCUGGUUAAGCAGGUGAGAGAACUGGAAGCCGAGCUAGAGGAUGAGCGCAAGCAGCGGGCACUGGCGGUGGCCUCCAAGAAGAAGCUGGAAAUGGAUUUGAAGGAUCUGGAGUCCCAGAUUGAGGCUGCAAACAAGGGAAGGGAGGAUGCUAUCAAACAGCUGCGCAAGUUACAGGCCCAAAUGAAAGAUUAUCAGCGGGAGCUUGAGGAGGCCCGGGCAUCACGGGAUGACAUCUUCGCUCAAUCCAAGGAGAAUGAGAAGAAACUGAAGAGCCUAGAGGCAGAAAUACUCCAGCUGCAAGAGGAACUUGCUGCCUCUGAACGCGCUCGGCGUCAUGCAGAACAAGAGAGAGAUGAACUUGCUGACGAGAUCUCAAACAGUACAUCAGGAAAGUCUGCCCUCCUGGACGAAAAGAGACGCUUGGAAGCCAGAAUUGCCCAACUGGAAGAAGAGCUUGAGGAAGAGCAAAGCAACAUGGAACUUCUCAAUGACCGAUUCCGCAAGACCACCUUACAGGUGGACUCAUUGAAUUCCGAGUUGGCCGCAGAACGUAGUUCUGCCCAAAAGAGUGAGAACGCACGGCAGCAGCUGGAGAGGCAGAACAAGGAGCUGAAAGCCAAACUGCAAGAGCUAGAGGGCUCUGUCAAAUCAAAGUUUAAAGCCACUAUUGCCACCUUGGAGUCAAAGAUCGCUCAGCUGGAGGAGCAGCUGGAGCAAGAAGCCAAGGAACGAGCCGCCUCCAACAAACUGGUGCGUCGGACGGAGAAGAAGCUGAAGGAGGUUUUCAUGCAGGUGGAGGACGAACGCCGACACGCCGACCAGUACAAGGAGCAGAUGGAGAAAGCCAACACGAGAAUGAAACAGCUCAAAAGGCAGCUGGAAGAAGCAGAAGAGGAAGCUACCCGCGCCAACGCUUCCCGGCGCAAGCUGCAGCGCGAGCUCGAUGAUGCAUCCGAAGCCAACGAGGUUCUUGUACGUGAGGUGUCCACGCUGAAGAACAGGCUGAGGAGAGGAGGCCCCAUCUCCUUCUCUUCCACCUCCUCCAGCCGCUCCGGCCGCCGGCAGCUCCAGCUAGAAGGGGCUUCUCUGGACCUGUCAGACGACGAGCUGGAGAGUAAACCCACCGAGGUGAACGAGGCUCCCGCACCGGCCCCAGCCGAGUGAGCUCACAGCCCUGCAUUCCUUUACCCC